CAGCCCCUCAGCAGGGCCGGCAGCAGCACCAGCCACCAUGGCGCUCAGCACCCGCCUCAUCUCGCCCCUCCGUCCCGUGCUGGCAGCUCUGCGCUGGGCAGCCCCCGGGCAGCGCCGGGUGCUCAGCACCCCGCAGGGACCAGGACACACACUGGACCUUGGUGGCAUCUUCCCACCCCUUGCCACCCCCUUCUCACCCAUGCAGGAGGUGGACUAUGCCCGGCUGGAGGGGAACCUGAGCCGCUACGCCAGCAUCCCCUUCCGAGGGCUGGUGGUGAUGGGCUCCAACGGGGAGUACCCCUACCUGGCACCCCAGGAGCGGCUGGAGGUGGUGAGCUGCGUGCGCCGGGCUCUGCCCAGGGACCGCCUGCUGCUGGCCGGCUCGGGCUGCGAAUCCACCCGGGCCACCAUCCAGCUGACUGUCAGCAUGGCAGAGGCAGGGGCUGAUGCGGUGCUGGUUGUGACGCCCUGCUACUACCGGGGAGCCAUGACCGGCGCUGCCCUGGUCCAGCACUACACGGAGGUUGCCGAUGCAUCCCCCAUCCCCGUGGUGCUCUACAGCGUCCCUGCCAACACCGGCGUGGACCUACCCCUGGAGGCUGUGGUCACCCUGGCUCAGCACCCCAACAUCCUCGGGAUCAAGGACAGCGGUGGGGAUAUCACCCGUAUUGGGCUGAUGGUCCAGAAGACACAGGAGCAGAAUUUCCAGGUGCUGGCAGGAUCGGCCGGCUUCCUGCUGGCGAGCUAUGCCCUGGGUGCCUCUGGGGGGAUCUGUGCCCUCGCCAACGUCCUGGGGGCCCCGCUGUGCCAACUUGACCGCCUGUGCCGUGAGGGCCACUGGCAGGAGGCCCGCAAGCUGCAGCACCGGCUCAUCGAGCCCAACACAGCGGUCACCCGCCGGUUCGGGAUCCCAGGGCUGAAGAAAGCCAUGGAGUGGUUCGGCUACUACGGGGGUCCCUGCCGCGCACCCCUGGCUCCACUGAGCCCCCCCCAGGUUGAGGAGCUGAGGGGCGCCUUCACUGCGAACGGCUGGUUGUGAGGGGUACCCCCUGCCCCUUCCCACACUGGGAAGGCAUGGGAGCCAGGGACCCCACGAGCUGGGGACACUGGGACGUGGCCAGGAGAAAGCCACCCAUGUCACUCCUUCCUGCUGGGCAGGGUGGGUAGAGGGGGGACACUCCGCACCCCAUGGCCACCCGUGCAUGCCCACCAGCCCUGAGGGUUCCUCCAUCCCUACUUGGGAAUGGAUGGAUCCUUGCACCACAAACCAGGAAUAAACCUGCUCCCCACCUGUG